CUUUAACAGAACAAUUCAUCUUCAAUCAAACACCACCCACCAAACCGUCUAGCUCUACACUAACAUCGCCUACAUUUACACAACCAUCCAGCUCAACCCAGCUCUCACCCGUAACGUCACCACUACAUCCUAACACCUCCACAGUCUCCACCCAAUCCUCACAGCCAACACCCUUGCUAUAUAUUGACACAACAUCAACUGCAUCAGCAGAACAAUCUGUCUUCCCCCAAACCUCACAACCAAGCAUACCCUUAACAAAAAACUCAGGACCAGUAAUAACAGAACCAUCCAUCUCAACGGAGCCCUCACACCUAACUUCCCUGCAGUCUUCUACAACAUCAACAGAACUGUCUGACUCCGCCAAAACCCCUCAAACAAAACCUCUUCUAUACUCUACCGUGACAACUAACACCUCUGUGUCCACCCAACCCUCACAACAGCCAAGUCUACAAUCCAACCCUGCAACCCUGCUCAACUUAACACCAACAACAUCUACGAAACCAUCUGUCUCCACGCAACCAUUAAAACCAACACCUGCCUCGUCAUUUAUCUCAUCAUCAACAUCAACUGAAUCAGCAAAUCCAUCCAUUUUCACCCAAAACUCUAUGCCAUCAUCAACCACACCAACAGAAUCCUCUGUCUCUGCCAAACCCACACAAGAACCCUCACUUCCAUCCUUAAACUCAACAUCAAAUACAUCAACAGAACAGUUUGUCUCCAUCCAAACCUCACAAAUGACAUCACCAAACUCCUUCUCAACUUCAACAGAACAAUUAAUCUUCAAUCAAACACCACCCACCAAACCGUCUAGCUCUACACUAACAUCGCCUACAUUUACACAACCAUCCAGCUCAACCCAGCUCUCACCCGUAACGUCACCACUACAUCCUAACACCUCCACAGUCUCCACCCAAUCCUCACAGCCAACACCCUUGCUAUAUAUUGACACAACAUCAACUGCAUCAGCAGAACAAUCUGUCUUCCCCCAAACCUCACAACCAAGCAUACCCUUAACAAAAAACUCAGGACCAGUAAUAACAGAACCAUCCAUCUCAACGGAGCCCUUACACCUAACUUCCCUGCAGUCUUCUACAACAUCAACAGAACUGUCUGACUCCGCCAAAACCCCUCAAACAAAACCUGUUCUAUACUCUACCGUGACAACUAACACCUCUGUGUCCACCCAACCCUCACAACAGCCAAGUCUACAAUCCAACCCUGCAACCCUGCUCAACUUAACACCAACAACAUCUACGAAACCAUCUGUCUCCACGCAACCAUUAAAACCAACAACUGCCUCGUCAUUUAUCUCAUCAUCAACAUCAACUGAAUCAGCAAAUCCAUCCAUUUUCACCCAAAACUCUAUGCCAUCAUCAACCACACCAACAGAAUCCUCUGUCUCUGCCAAACCCACACAAGAACCCUCACUUCCAUCCUUAAACUCAACAUCAAAUACAUCAACAGAACAGUUUGUCUCCAUCCAAACCUCACAAAUGACAUCACCAAACUCCUUCUCAACUUCAACAGAACAAUUCAUCUUCAAUCAAACACCACCCACCAAACCGUCUAGCUCUACACUAACAUCGCCUACAUUUACACAACCAUCCAGCUCAACCCAGCUCUCACCCGUAACGUCACCACUACAUCCUAACACCUCCACAGUCUCCCACUACUAUACUACAGCCUACUUGGAUAUCAACACUACAGAGCACAAUAGGUUGGCUAGAAAUGUUUCAGAUGAGGUCAGCCUUGCUUUCAGGAUAAAGUAUCCAAGCACAUUGAUCAAUUGCAAAGUGAACCAUUUCUGUUGUGCGGGGAGGGUCCAAGCGCAAGGAGACCGACAACGUAGAAACAACAGCAAUCAACUACAAGAAACACGCUACAUGAAACAACGACGGACCAAGACUGAAGAAAUGACAGGGACUUAAUACACCGAACUAAACAAGACACAGGUGAAUGCAACAACACGAAUGACACCACUGAAAGACAAUCAACAACACACAAGUGGAACUAAUAAACACAUAACACAGGGAAACACUAGGGCAGACAAACUAAGGUAGGGGCACAGUCGUGGGCAUGACAAUCUAUCUCACUCAGCGUCUGCAUUAUGGACACUGUGACCUACCUAUAAUUUUAGCAAUAUCUGUGUGUCACCUAAUUCAUCAUUGGCACUGUGCACUAUGUGUCUAUAGUUCCAGGAAUCUGUGUGUGUGUGUCUCACCGACAUCUUAAUAUAUGCACUAGUAUAAUUAAAUGGUAAAAAGUUUGUGAUAUUGUUUAUAAUAAGUGUAAGAAGGCCUCGUAUGGGAGAGGGGUGUGUGGGGGAGGGUAAGUGGAUAUUGUAAAGGGACAGUUUUAAGGUUGUGUUACCAAAAAAAAAAAAAAAAUGUAUAUAGCCUAGUCCUGGUCACAUCUCCCCCAUGCCAGGUUUCAUUUGUGUGUUUCACUUGUACGGAUGAAUUGUGCUGAAGUGUAACUACGUAGCAUUUUCUACAAAACUACAAUGUAGUCACAAUAGAUAAUCUACACAGCCAUUAUUUACCCUUAAUGUGAAGUGUCAAACUCUACAUCCUUUGACAAUGAUUUGGCAAUUACAUUUCUUCGUAUUGAAAUUUGCGAAUAGUAAGGAAUAUAUUAAAACUAUAUUGAAUUCAUAAUAAAUUCAAAAAAAGUCUGACUUAGGUUUUUAUUAGAAUAGAUUGAAAUAUCAUAGAGAAUACCAAGAAAUGUUUGAAUUUGUACAUUCAAAUUUUGUGUAGGGGUUACGUAGGGGUAAAUGCAUGUGUCGACAACAACAGUUGAGGAAAUGUAAGAUGGACCAGGAGUCCUUAUGUAACAUGCAUGAUUCAUUAUAUUGAGAGAGAAGGAGAGAGAAACCAGCGGCAGCAAAUCAACCCUAAAUUCCAUGGAUCAAAACCAUUUUCUUUUGUUAACUGACUAGACGAGAAUACAAUCUAUGAGACUUGUUGAGAGGGUAGAGAACAAAGAACUGAAUUGAUUACAAUUUGUAUAAUAGUUCAUGCAAUAUAGUGUAAUUCACCCAAUAUUCACUACUGGGUGGGUUUAGCUCAUUGGUUAGAACAUUUCAGUGCAGAUCAGGACGUUGCAGGUACAAAUCUUCCUCAAGCAAAUCUAGCAUCUGCUAAAUGAGUACAUAAUUUUACAUUACAUAAUACACUGUAACUGAAUUAUGUUGGCCUUAUACAGUUGCUUGUGUAACCAUGUUAUUCUUUGAAACUAUAUGUGAGAGGGAAAAACUACUCGGUGUGACAGACACAGGAAGCACAUACUUUAUGUGAACAAAUAACAUGUUGCAUUUUGGAAUGUUACUCCAAAGAAUAGACAUGUCAAAUGUUGUGGAAAUCUGAUAUUCAUUUUCUGUUUGGAUCUGUAACUAAAGCACUGAGUCCAUUUGUUUGUAUAAUAUUCCAGAUUUCUCAGCAAAAUAGAAUGUCCAUUCAUGUGUGUGAAAGAAAGAAAAAGUGAAAGAGAGACACAGAUGAAAGAGAAAACUUCUGUUGACUAAAAACUAAAGAUAUCAGUCUCCUGAUAUUCCACCUCAACUAUACUGUAUAUAGUAUACAGUCUGUUACAUGCAGUACUAUUGUAGACAGUAGUCUUAUAUGCAUUACUACACAUGUUAAAAAGGGAUCACCUUACUCUAACAGUGAAUAUACAGAUUAAUAUAUACAAUAAAUAUAUAGAUUGUUUAUGUAGAUGUACUGCCACUGUAUAGUACAGUCAUGAAAAAGAUGAUCAUGGCUCAUUUUACAAUAAUGUCCACUGCAACUACAAAUAUGUGUGAUGUAAUUAAAUAGUUUCAAGUUUUUUUGUUACACAUUGUUUGCGACCUACUACUGCAAAACAAUGAAUGAGGCUUGUAAAUAACAAAAGCAAUUUUAUAUUCCUAUGAAAUUUCAUUAAAGAAAUAUUCAUUAAUUUGUUCAAUUGAAGUCAAUCUAAAUUGUAUCAAUUCAAUGUAUACUUCUGGCAUGUCUAUUCUAGUUUGAUAGACGUCAUUUAUGUAACUACAACUUCAUACCGGCUUUUGGCAACCCUUUCCUGCCGGACCAUUCAAAUAUGGGCAUUAAAAUGCCCAUGGUUCCCGCCCUAAUAGCGUCACCGUCCAAUCACCGAUUUUAUUUCUGAAAACUGCCAGAUACUCAUGACAACUUAAGCUCAAAGUACAU